AUGCCGCGAUCCGAAGAACCAUGCGAAGGAAGAUAUUACACCGAAAGGGUCAAACUCGUUGUGAAUUGGUUUCGAUUUAUCAACAAAAUCACUGACAUCACCAUUUUCGAAUACGAUAUCGUUAUUGAAGAGUUUAUACGGAAAUCUUGGAAACCGGUGGAUAAGAAUGAUCGUAGCAAUUAUUUCUGGAGCUUCGUUCGAUAUAAUGAACGCGAUUUUGGAGGUGUUGAGCAGGUUGUGUUCGAUGACGUUAGCCAAAUCUACAGCAGAAAUAAAUACAAAACGCCGAUGGAUUUUAAAAUGGAGAUGAUGGUGGGAAGAGUCAAGAAGCUCUUCAGAAUGCGUGUAAAAUUUGCCGCCUCGUUCGAUUUGAUAUUCCGACGCGACAAUCACAUGCGAGAGGAGGCGGUGUCGCGAAGCUGCAAGUUUCUCAAGAUUUUGAUGACGCAGAAAGCGCGAUAUAUUCCGCACAAUAAUGAGACAGUGGAAAUGGAGUUCUCAAGCAAAUUUGUUACUGAUAAAAGCUCAAUUUUCUACAUUCCACGGGCCGAAGCGGAUCCAAAGUUCUCAAUUGCACCGUGCGUUGAAGCAUGGCUUGGAAUCUAUAUUGCGAUUCGCGAGACUUCCGAUUUCGAUCCGGUUCUCAAUUUUGGCCUUAUCGAUCGUCUAUUCUAUCAGCUUCCAAGACCUGACAAACUCAGUGCGUUGGAGUAUCUCAUGAUGAUCAUUACAGAAGAUUUUGGCAAUUCUGGCAAAAGAGAAAGAUUUAUGAAGAAACUUGACGCCGGCGAACACAGCAUGAGUGAAGAGCAACGGAAGAAAGCUUUGAAUAUUCUCAGAGACCUCAAAGUGAAAAGCCCAUUGAUUUGGGAUAGUGAAAAGGGUCGUAUGAUCCAACGCCAUCUUAAUAUCGUCGAGUUUGCUAAACAAAACGCAGUCAAUUACAUAAUCAAUUACGAAAACAAAAUGUCAUUGGAGUAUAUCUAUCGAGAGAUUGGAAGUCCAUUGCGCUAUCCGACGUUGCCGCUGAUCAAAUGCAAAAGCGGUAAGAAGACGUACAUAGCGCCUAUCGAGGUGCUCAAUCUUCACGAGACGCCUCAACGAUUCAAGAACCUUCUCGAUUUCAACAUGAAGACGAGAUUCAUUAAAGGCGCGACAAAGGAGCCGACGGAUUACGUGACGAAGUCGAAGUUGUUCCUCAACAUGCUCGAGUUCGACUCGCGCGGUCGCAAUUUUCUCGAAGAGUUUGGCAUCUCGCCGAAAUUGGAGAUGAUCGAAUGUCCCGGUAAAGUGCUCAAUGAGCCGAUGCUGGUGAACGGCGAGAACAGUCGGAUUCCGUUGACGAAGACGAUUCGAGGAUAUAGGGAAAAAAUGCUGAAUGUGGUCCCCGAGAAGGACCUCUGCUGUGCUGUCAUUGUGCUAUGUAAGGAUGAGGAUAGCCCACCUUGUGUUACCCAGGAGCAAGUGCGUGCGUUCUACGUUAAUCUGAUGAGAGCUUGCAAUGAGCGCGGUGUUCGAACAUUCAACAAUAAGGAACAUCCCGAUCUUCCGUCAUUGAUGAAGUUUUAUGCAAAAGUGACCACCACGGACGGACCAAUCAGCUUUUUGAAUGCGGUUGGCGAUGCGAAGAACAAUUUCGACGAGCUUCACGACAAAGAGAAAAAACAACUCUUCCUUCUGAUCAUCUCCAAUCGCGACUAUGAAGUUUAUGGACAAAUAAAGAAUGUGUGCGACACGAUGUAUGGCAUUCCGAAUCAGGUUAUCAAUGCGUCGACGGUGAUCAAAGCGAUCAAUGAUUAUCCGGAUGUGAAUGAGCGAUUUGAAGAAGUGCGACAUUCGAAGAUCAUGUUCAAUUUGGUGUUGAAGAUAAACGCCAAAAUGGGCGGUAUCAAUCAAGAGAUUGGUUUUUCGGAAAAUGGAGAAGUAUCGCCGGAAGAGAAGGAGAAGCGAAAAUCGGAGCCGCUGACGAUGUAUAUUGGAAUCGACGUUACGCAUCCGACGAUGAACAGCGGAAUCGAUUUUUCGAUUGCCUCGAUUGUUGGAAGUGUGAAUCGUGGAGGAACUUUGUGGGUUUGGUAUAAAAGCGCUGUUUUGGCACAUAAAGUUGAGGAAUUGAAAGAUGUUAAUGGAAAGACUAGAGGAAGCAGAUCAUCUGGUGUUGAGAAGACGGAUGUUCUUGGCAACAAAUUCAUCGAAUUGCUUGAAUCGUUUGCCGAGAAUAAUCAUAAUCGGUGUCCGUCGAAUAUUGUGGUGUUUCGCGAUGGUGUCAGCGAUGCCGAAAUGCUUCGAACGGCUGCAUCUGAAUUGAAGGCGAUCAAAGACGAGGUUCGAAAAUUCCAGGAGAGUCGUUCGGCGAAGCCAAUCGAGCCCAAAUAUUGCUAUAUAAUCAUCAAAAAACGACAUCAGACGCGUUUCUUCAAGAGGAAUGGCAAUGCCGAAGAAUACGAGAACCCGAAUUCGGGAACCGUUGUCGACAAAAAAGUGGUUUCCCCCUACAAAUUCGACUUUUGGCUCAUUUCGCAUCAUGGAGAAUUGGGAACGUCUCGACCGCCGCAUUACACCGUUAUGGAAAACAGCAUGAAUUUAACGAAAGAUGAAAUAUAUAAGAUGUGCUACGAGCUCACGUUCCUCUCAUCGCGCGUCCGCAAGCCGAUCUCCCUACCGGUGCCGGUGCAUUAUGCUCAUUUGUCGUGCGAGAAGGCCAAAGAAAAGUAUAAAGCGCUGAAGAAAAACACUAUGAGAGAAUGCAGCCGUGAGAUUAUUGAGCAGAAGCUUCAGCCAAAUCGUGCUUAUCCGGGAAUGCCGUUCGCAUAG